CUAAAGUCUGGAGGGGGGGCGGCAGUGCUGAGGUCAUGGACUUUAGGGUCCCCAAGGAGGCAGGGACAGGGGCCUCGGACUUGGAGCUCUGAAGAGGAGGGGAUGGAGUCUUGGACUCCUGCCCUGGGUGUGAAGGAGGCCCCGCUCGCUCGAGUGGCAGCAGCGCGCCAUGGCCUCGGGACGGCGCUACGCGGGGAAGGUGGCGCUGGUGACCGGGGGCGCGCGCGGCAUCGGGGCCGGGAUCGUGCGCGCCUUCGUGGAAAGCGGGGCCCAAGUGGUUUUCUGUGACAAAAAUGAAUCUGGGGGCCGGACCCUGGAGCAGGAGCUCCCUGGAACUAUCUUUUUCUGCUGUGAUGUGACUCAGGAGGAGGAUAUGAGGAGACUGCUCUCAGAGACUGUCCAGCGCUUCGGCCGCCUGGACUGUGUGGUGAACAACGCCGGAAGCCACCCCCCUCCGCAGUGGCCUGAGGAGACCUCAGCCCAGGGCUUCCGGCAGCUGCUGGAGCUGAACCUGCUGGGGACAUACACCCUGACCAAGCUGGCCCUCCCGCACCUGAGGAAGACUCAGGGGAAUGUUAUCAACAUCUCCAGCCUGGUGGGGACCAUCGGCCAGUCCCGGGCAGUUCCAUAUGUGGCCACCAAGGGGGCGGUGACAGCCAUGACCAAAGCCUUGGCCCUGGAUGAGAGUCAGUAUGGGGUUCGCGUCAACUGCAUCUCCCCAGGAAACAUCUGGACACCCCUGUGGGAGGAGCUGGCCGCCUCAACACCCCAGCCCAUGGCCACAGUCCAUGAGGGCAUCCUGGCCCAGCCCCUGGGCCGCAUGGGCCGGCCAGCAGACGUGGCGGCGGCCGCCGUGUUCCUGGCGGCGGAGGCCCACUUCUGCACCGGGGUGGAGCUGCUGGUGACCGGGGGCGCCGAGCUGGGGUAUGGGUGCAAAGCCAGUCGGGCUGUAACAGUGGAGGACCCCGGCAUCCCUUCCUGAUCCCCUAUUCUGGGCCUCUUUGACGAGACCCCUUGCACCCCAAAGUCAGUCUCCCACCUGCUGCCUCUCGUGUACCAGCCCCCCCCACACACACACUUAGACACGCUGCAGCUUCCUAUAAAAGCACCUCGCAGCCGGAA